AUGCACCACACCGUGCCACGUUGUGCAUCGACGCCCGGCGCGGAACCUGCCACCAGAUUCGGCGCUGAGCGCAAGCGGGCAUGCGGCCCAUGGGUCCGACCGCCUCGGCCCUCGCGGGGCGGCCCGAGGGGCAAGGCCGCGACGGCGCGAUGCGCCAUCGAAGAGACGGAGACCAGCAUCGAUGCAGAGAACACGCAGCCAGAAUCAGCCUUGCAAGAUGAGCGCUUUGCUGGGCUGCGCAGCGUGCUGGAAACAGCAAGUGAACUCAAGCAAGAGGCCGACCUGGAUCGUGAGGUGCGGACACAACGGCCAGCUGCCCGCCGAUGGGACACUGCAAAACUUGGCUUGUCAGGUCUAGACAUCAACGAGGAGGAAGAAGAGCGCACCGCCUUUCACAGGCGCUUGUUUCGAGCUGCUAAGAAGGGUGAUGCAAAGGCAGCAGAGAAUGUGGUUGAUGAGAUGAUGCGAGCUGGACUGGUGCCAGGGCCGAAGGCAUACCAUGGGCUGAUUUUUGCUUAUGUUAAGGCUGGGGAUGCGAUGGGGGCGUUGUACGCAAUCAGGGGAGCACACACUUCGGGUGCCCAACCAAUAACGGAAAGCUACAUGGUCCUCAUCCAUGCCUUUGUGAAAGAAGACAACAUGAAAAAGGCUGAGGCAGUGUUAGCAUCCAUGCUGCGUGCGGGCGGUGAUGCACAGCAGGGCUGGCGGAUGUUGAUAGCAUCCCUGCUGCAUGAAAAUCGGCUAGAGCUGGCCCUCAUCCAUCUUGAAAAGGGGUGGAAGGAGAAAUGGUCUGCAGAUGCUGCUGUCUAUGCACUGCUCAUACAGUCGCUGUGCAAAUCUGGAAACAGGCAAAGAGCCAAUGUAGAACUGGCACGAAUGCAAGCGGAAGGAAUUCAUGUGGGAGCACAGCAUGCACAACCACUGAUGGAGCUGGCACUCAAGGAGGGAGAUGUGGAAGAACUUGACCGUUUGCUUGAUGCCGUUCAAGAGAAAACCGUGCACAUAUUCAAUCUACUGUUGAGAGGAUAUGUGAACAAAUGGGAUGCUGACAACAUCAUGCCACGGUUUUGGCAACGGUGGGAGCAGCUGUCAGAGGAGGCUGCACCAGAUUCGACAAGCUGGCUGCUCCUGUUGCAUGCCCUGCUGAAAGGCCAGGAUCCACAGGCAGCUGCCAAAGCGAUGGUCACAAACAUGAUGGCGACACAAAUGCAGGGAGGUGACCAGGAGGAGUUGAUGAUGGAUAUUCUUCCAUCAAUGCUCAAGCAGCUGAGCAGGGAAGGGUAUCCUGUGGACAUUGUUAACCUCCUUCGAGCCCUUCGCAUCGACAACGUCCACCUCAGACCUGGUGCCUUCCAGGUUUCCAAAACUGGACAGACUUUCAUCACAUGGUGGCUGUCUGAUCGCAUGGACAAAUUGAAACUGGGUGAUGGUGGCCACGGUGAUGGAACUGCAUCGAGUCGCCCAGAAUUUCAGGCUUUGGACAUGAGCAUGACCUCUUUUGGAGGCUCUCGGGUGAUCAAUGGUGUGAACAUCGGAUUCUGCAGCUGUGUUGUCAACGAGAAGAAUGAAAUCAUUCCAGUCAGCAAAUUGAAUGUGGGGCAACUGAAGGCGGAGUGUCAAGCGAGGGGUCUGGAAACGACGGGCCUACGGAAAGCCCUUUACGAUCGAGUGAAGUUGGCAAGGAGAGCGCUGCCAUUGAUAAAGGAAGAAAUGCGUCGACGGUCGAGAAUACGAAAGAUGCAGAAGCGGGCCGAGCGUGAUCGCCAGGGGGGGCAGCGGCCAUCUUAUUUUGGGGAUGCCGAUGACAAAGGCGCUGAGCUGGUCAUGAUUAGCUUCAAGGAUGGCAGAGCCACCAGCACGCAGGCCAUAGAUGAAGGGGACCUGAAGAAAGUGGGGGUUGUGGAUGUGGAUGAAGAGGGCGAUGGAGCAGAGGCACAAGUGAUUGAGGUGGAAGACGAGCUGCAGCAGAAGCUCAAGAAGUACAAAGGGAAAGGGGAUGGCAGCGAGGUGGUUCUGGAGGAGGACGUCCCGAGCUCCGUGUUCGACUUGGAUGACGACAAGUUGGACAAGGCGCCCAGCGUUGCAAAUCCCUUCACAGCUCCCAGCUCCAGCGAUGCGUGGCUUGACCCCGUCUUGAAAGCACAGCUGGUGCUGGGGAACAACAACACUGCAGGGUCCCAAGCUGCCUUGGCGAUGAUCAGCGCCGCCCAGGCGGUGGGUGGCGCGCCGACCCUGGCGGACUUGGAGGUCGUCUCGCAUGCGGCGAGCGUCGAGAACAGCGUGGGCGUCGCGUACUCGAUCUCGAACCUGGUGAGCACCCAGAGGGAAGCCUAUGGCGAAGGUGGAGGCAAGCAGGGCGAGCGCAAGCUGACGAGCCUGCUGGACGAGUGCGCGAGGACGUGCGUGGAGGCGGGAGACGUCAAGAUGGCCGAGCACAUCCUGGACAAGAUGGAGGACCUGGGAUUGGCGCCCAGCGAGUCCCUGUCUUCUCGCGUGCAGACCUCCACCGCGCCCGAGGAGCAGCCCGACGUCGUGGACGUCGCGGCCACGGCGCUGGCCGACGACAGCGUCGACGACGACGACUUGGGGGCGCUGGACGCGGAGAUCGACGAGGACGAGGAGGACAAGGAUGAUAUCGGCGACCCGGAAGACGAGGGGGAGAGUUUGCUGUCUUCGGUGCCGGUGGCCGAUGAGUACGAGGACGAGGAGGAUGUGGAGGACGACGGGGUGGGAGACGACAACGAUGACGACGACGACGACGAGUUCUGA